AUGCUUGGGUUGCAUCACUCCAAGAGAUGGAAAAAAAUGCUUCAGGAGAGAGUUGAGCGGAUCCAGUUGAAAGGUCAAAACUUUAAAUGUCUCAGUGCAGCUACAAAAGAUGCAAUCAAUGAAUUUGAGGAUGAUAUCCAGAACAUUGAUCCAGAACUUGUUAAGGGACAAUAUCAGCAAGUGAAUGUGAACAAAAAGCAGAAAUAUCAGGACUUUUUGAAGACUCACUGUCUAGAGCGCACAUACACUUUUCAGACCGUCCAUCUUCUCAAAGGCAAAACCCUGACUGCUAUUGCGGAAGAUCAACAGGGCUGCAAGAAUUCAGUACUUGUUGGUCAGAAUGUCCGGCAGACGGUUCACUGCCAUGAAUGUGGGAAACCACGCUGUGUCUACUCAAAAUCCUCUUUCACAAGUCGUGAUACCAGGUCCUUCAAGCGACUGAUCGAGUCUCAUGACUACACUUGUGGGUCCAUCUUGACCCCUGAUGGUCACAUACUUCAAGGGAAGGCAUUUGUCAGACUUCAGAUGUGCUGUACCACUCCAAUCGAGUUUGCAUAUUUUGCAUCAUCGUCCAUCGUCCGCAAGGAUGUAUGUUGUCAUUGUGGGAGUUUCGGGGCAGAACGAGACAAGGAUCUCAUGCAGAACUAUCGCGUUGUAUUACCUGUUUGCAUUAAUUGCAAGCACCUUGGAUCUCCAAAGAGGAAUCCUAUUCGGAAAUGAAUAUGUUAACUAGUGUGUUAAUCUUAACUAUAAAACAGUACACUUU